UGACGUCAUCAGGAUAUCAAGAAAGAGUCUUCAGAUUGGAGAUUAUCACAAAUGCAAAAAAACUCUUGGAAUACAUAAAGAUCAAGCCAAUCUUCGGAAAGGAUGGUAAUAUGGCCAGUAAACAUGACGGAAGAUUAACGUUAUCUUGCACCAGUUAUUACCCAAAUCCUAUAAAUGUUACAGCUUAACCUAAUUUUGCUGUAAAAGCUACUCGUUGCAUUUUUAUUGGCUUCUAACAAGUAAUAUAUUGUGCCAAUCAGCGGUCAACGUGUGGUUCUUUUUUUACGAUAUGCACCACGUUAAUUUAUCCGCAGUUUAUUUCAAUAUGUAUGUGAAACAGAUUGUGUUCCUAACGGCUUUUGUAGCUGCAGUUACUGCUAUUUAUCCAUACUUUGACACACAAGACUUUAUAUACAAUAUUCCGAAAGUAUAUAGGAUAUCAAUUACGUUGGAUAAAUUGUUGGAAUACUACGAAAAGAAGCCAUCGAAGGAUCCGGAAUGGUUUAUCGCUUUGGGUGUUGCAAGAGGUCAAUUGGAAUACACUAUAAAUGAACUGGACAAAUCAGUGCCGCCGAAGUUGAAAGAAAACCUUCAGAAUAUUACUAGGAAGAUGGAUAGAAUUCGAAAUAAGACUGAUACGAGUAAAUUCAGCUAUCGCAGUAAAGAUUAUGAAUAUGUGGUGAAAGCAAUAAUAGAGAAUAUGGACGUGCUGUCAUCGUUAAUGGAGCCACUGACACUGGGCACGGUGGGGACGCAGAAGCCAUAUAGAUUUAACUUCGAGCAGUACGUGCAGGAGGCCAGGACUAAGAUGCCUACCAGGAAAGCAGCCGAUGCUUGCACAAUGCAGUUACUGAUAUCAGCAAUGGAAACGCAAACAACACAAUCAGAGGGCGCUUGUGAGCUCACACCAGAAUGUCAGGCACAACUGAUGAAGGGGUCAGGGUUGGCGUUUCAACAGACAAGCCGGGUGCGAGCGGCAGCCCUAGCCCGACUCUUCGACUGCAUGGAAGGCUUAGAUCUCUCAGCACAUAUUUAUAAGCUUUGCAUACAGAUCUACAAAGAAAGUAAAUCAUUGGAAGCUUGGGGUCAUCCUCCUGGCACUAAGACGCUGUUUCUGCAACAGAUUCUCUACUGCUCAUCGCAAGGUUACGGUGAGUUCAUAAAACCUCGUUGGAUGAACAAAAUCCUGGCGUGGCAGGAGCCUAAGGGAUGCUACUCUGACGAUCGACAAUCUUUCCUGAAGCUCACAGGAUUUGUCGGACCAGCCAGUUCUCCUCCGCCAAAAGACAGAGAGGAGGAAUACCGUGUGAAGAAAGUGGCGACAUCAGUGGGCGGAUCGUGCAAUUCUCUUACGUCAGCCAUGGCUUUAGGCUCACUCGUUAUGUACGUGCGAGCGCUUUUGGAAACAGACCAGGCAUUCCAAUAUGAUGUGCUCAUGUAA